UCUUAUCGUGGAUCCGGCAUAGUCGAGAUGCAGAAGGUGUGAGCGGGUCUUUCUUUUCGCGUGUGUACACGUUUGCUUGUUUGCGGUGACGUUAAUUGCACAGCUGUGCAGCCUUUUAUAAAGUGGGAUUGUCUGUGAACAAGUUGUUCGUUUGUGUUCGCGCGCACGAUUAAGCCGGGAGUGAAAAAAAGAAGAAGAGAUUUUGGGUUCGCGGUUUCUGCGUUCUUUUGUUUUUUAGUUGGUUACGCAAUUUGAGACUAUGUUUGCCGCUGACAAGAUGCCCGUGAUACAAAUGCAGCGUAGAAACUCCCAGUUCCAACGCAAAGUCUCCAUUCGUAUAGGUGAGCGCGCCAACUAUGUCAACAGUCCCCACGUCAUCGCCAUGGUCGGCCUCCCGGCGCGAGGCAAGACUUACAUUUCUAAGAAACUGUCCAGGUACCUCAAUUGGAUUGGCAUUAACACAAAAGUGUUCAAUCUUGGCGAAUACCGCCGACAUGCAACUACUGCAUACAAGAGCCACGAAUUCUUCAGGCCGGACAACAGAGAGGCUAUGGCCAUCCGGACUCAGUGCGCCAUUGAUGCUCUGCACGAUGUGUGCGCCUGGCUAGAGAACGGUGGUGAAGUUGCGGUGUUUGAUGCUACUAAUUCAACGUGGGAUCGCCGGCGCAUGAUUAAGGAGAUUGUUGUGAAUAAGAUGGGGUUCAAGCUGUUCUUUGUUGAAUCAGUCUGUGAUGAUCCACAGAUCAUAGAACAGAACAUAAUGGAAGUUAAAGUGAACAGCCCUGAUUAUAAGAAUAUGAACACUGAAAUGGCACUGAAGGACUUUCUGCAGAGGAUCGAGCACUACGAGGAGAAGUACAUGGCUUUGGACGAGAAGGAGGAAUCAGACUUGAGCUUCAUGAAGAUAUAUAACACAGGCGAGAAGGUGGUGGUCCACAAGCACGAGGGCCACAUUCAGAGUCGAAUCGUCUACUACCUGAUGAACAUCCACAUAACCCCUCGCACCAUCUACCUGACAAGGCACGGUGAGAGCGACAUGAAUGUCGAGGGUCGUAUCGGAGGAGACUCGGAUCUUUCUUACCGAGGAAAAUUAUAUGCGACGGCGCUAGCGAAUUACAUCCACCAGCAAGACAUACCGGGACUUAGAGUGUGGACGUCGUGGCUCAAAAGAACCAUUCAGACAGUAGCCACAAUCCCGGCACCUCAAGAACGCUGGAAGGCCCUCAAUGAAAUAGAUGCCGGUAUCUGUGAAGAGAUGUCAUAUGAAGAAAUUGCUGAGAAAUAUCCUGAAGAUUUUACAGCCCGCGAUCAAAGCAAGUUCACAUACCGAUAUCCUCGUGGCGAGAGUUACGAGGAUCUGGUAGCGCGACUCGAGCCAGUGAUAAUGGAAUUGGAACGUCAAGGAAAUGUCCUUGUCGUGAGCCACCAGGCAGUGAUCAGAUGUUUGCUGGCGUACUUUCUUGAUAAAUCAGCAGUAUUGAAACAGACGCGCUGUUCUUGCUCUUACUGCUGUGAACACAGUACAACGUUGUGUUGCAAGGACUUCAUGCGAAAUGAGCUGCCGUAUCUGUACGUUCCACUCCAUACUAUCAUCAAAUUGACGCCAGUGGCAUACGGUUGUAAAAUGGAACAUAUUAAACUUCCCAUCGAUUGCGUUGACACACAUCGUCCCAAACCGAAGAUUCCUGGCACUCUUGAAGACAAAUUCAAGCGGGAGAAAUCGGCCGCGAUUGUGACCGCAAAUCACCACGACAGCUCUUGAUGGUGGGGCAGGGAUCUAGCAGGAUGGCGAAUGGAAAUGUAACGUAUGUACAGGCCCAGCGACGGGAGAGGACGCCUCUGGGGGUCGACGACGUGCUCCGUCUUUGUCUGUCUGUCGGGGAAGAAGAUGUUUGGUGCUUGAAGGUUGCAUUAUGUAUGUGUCAGUGUGUAAACCUUCCUUAUAGUCAGUCCAGUGUUUUAAAUUGUGUAUUUCUUGCAGUUUCCUCCCUAACGUCGUGUUAAGAUCGUAGAGGAUUUGCGGCUGCCAGGUACAGUGUUCGAUCCAUGCUUCCGUAAGUUCUGUUUCCUCCGAACAUGAAAUUAUGUUUCUUUCUUCGCUGGAUCUGAAUUCCGUAGGCUACGGGUCCUAGGGAUGGGAAGACGCUUCUCAGGGAGAUGACUUACUCUCACUUUUGUCUCCUUGAAGUAACUGUUUAAUACGUAAAAGACAACAGUUAUUAGGUUUGCAUCUAGGUCAUUCUGCUGGAGUCUGCAUUCUGAGAUCUUCCUCCGUCUGCUUCGAAGCAAAUCGCUCGAUGGAACCAGAUCCUCUCGAUUUGUCCUCUGAAAGUUUCCUUUUUUGUAGUAAAUUAAGUUCAGACAUCAGAAGUUUAAACGUCGCCCUGUUUCUGAAUCCGAAUGAUUCUCAUUGCCGCGCAGUUCGCACUUUUAACUUUAUAACUCGAUAGUACGUGACGUCAUAGUCCAGUUGGUUCAAAUCGUGGUUUGGGUUUUCGUCCUCGCUGCUUCACACGUGGCCUAAUUCUUAUAAUAUUUCUUAUUUUAUCAGGCAGACUGUUCUGGGGCUGUCCACGUACAUUUUUGGAUGUUUCUUGCGAAAACUUUACCUUGUCUCAAUUUAGCGCGGAAUAUUAACUUAUUUUCUUUGAUGUUACGAGCGUGUCGUAAAUAUUCUGUUCAUUUACCCCUGAUUAAUGGACUCACGUUCAGUUUUUGUAGGGAUAUUUUGUGUAUUCCUCAUUUACGGUAUUUUACUGUCUGUAGAACGCGAUGAAUACGCGCGUCACGUGUUUUAAACCUUCAGCUGUCAGCAAAAUGAUGGUCUUGUAUCUGUUAUCUGUGUUCACGUUGUCAGAACUUUGACUCUGAUAAAUUUUAAUCUCUACGAAAAGGUAUUUUUUAUACAUUUCAGAUGUAAUUUUGUGUCAGAGACAGUUUCUUUUCUCUUUUGCCAAGACAUUUUUCAGAACAAAAUCUCAGCUUUAGGAAGAUCUGCGAUGUUUAAAACUUUUUAACGUCGUCUUCUGCACCCUCAAAAUAUCUCGUCCACGAUAAGCGAAAGAUUUUCUUUGACUGUUUUGAGUCCCACGUUCAGACUCAGAAAACAUUUUUUAUGUAAUGUCUUCGUAUCUGCUCUGAUCUUAUUGCACUAACAUAAGAACACAGGUUUUUAAAUUUUAAAAUUAAACUAUUGGACGUAGCGACACGCGGGACGUUCCAGUCCUGAGACGGAGGACUGUCUUGGAAUGCAAACGUAGAUUUGAUGCCGAAUGGAGUAGCGGAAGUGACGGAAUUGGAACUUCUCCAUUAUUUUUCUGCUAGUACUCUGAAUACAUUGUGUGGCCUUGUUGUCAUGGUGAUACGUAUCAAGGAAGACCAUUUUAAAAUAUUCACUGCGAAAGAUUUUAUAGUCUUAAUUUUGUUCUUGGUAAUCUCUAUUAUCGUUGCUACUUGGUCGCAAAUAUAAUUAAUAUAUCAUUAUAAUAUAUGUAGUGCUGAACGUUAUUGGUGGUGUAUUCAGAACAAUUUAUGUGUUUAUAUUGUAAUUUGAAUAUUAUAAUUCAUAUAAUUCUACUAUUUUAUGUAAUUAAGCUGAGUUAAUUGACUCAUUGAGUACCAGAUAUUUUUGUCGAAGAAUAAUAACAGGAUUUGAAAAGAUUUGCGAUGUUUACUUUCUUAAAAAUUGUUUUAGUGUUUUUUUAAUAUUAUCUUUUCACCAAAAGGUGGAGUAAAUUUUUUAAAAUGACAAAUGUACCUCGUCACUGGUCUAUCUUUAUUAAAAUGUAAAAAAAUAAAUAAAUCUUGUGACUGGUACCCAGUGUGUUGAGAUUAGUGCUGCAAAUCUGACGCACUUUUAUAAAUAUUGACGUGUUACGUCUUGAAUGGGUUGUUAACAUUUUACAGAAAGUAAGAGAGAGCUGUACUCUGUAAAAAAAACAAUGUUGCUGAAAGCAGUUGGGUGAUAAGUUGAUAUUUUUGUUAUAGUAAUGAAAAGAUUUUAAGGAUUUUUACGAGUCAAGUGAAUAAAAUAUUAAUUUGUCUGUGCCCCCAAAAUUUUUCCCACUCUUAAUUUUUUUUCAUCGCACAAAUAAAUUGAUCUCACACAUGCGCGCGCACAUAUUCAUAUGCAGGAGCAUGUGAGUGUGUUUAUGGUAUUUGGGGCUCCUGAAAUAUUUUGGAACAUCCAUCUGAAAAGUUAUUUAAAACUCAAUAUUCCUCUUCUUCUUUGUUUGUUUGUUUGUUCUUUGUUUCAUCCGUAGUAAAUACGUACUGAGAACUCUUCUAAACAUAUUUCUGCUACAGGGUGAUUCAAAAGUCACCGUGCACAUGCCCUAAAUGGCAUACGUAAUGUGUGUCGUGUGACGCCUCAUAAUUUGUACUUUUUGCCAGAUAAUAUUUUGGUAAAACUGAGGAUGCAGUCGGCAAGACAUGUAGCAUGUGUGGGAGAAAACCUGAUAUCACUUGAGAGGUGUAGGUGUGUAUAGGAGGAUAAUAUUAAAAUGGAUUUGAGGA